UCUUUCGUCUCUCUCUCUCCGUCUCUCUCGGCCAAAGUGCUUGCUCUCGCCUCGCCGCCUGGUGUCUGUCGCCUGUUGCAUCCCCACCAGUCAUCUCGGCAUCGGCAGCGGCAGCGGCAUCUCAUCUUUAUCUUCUUGGCGAACCUGUUGCACGCUCUCCGCUCUCUUUUUUUCCCAAUUUUGUUGUUGUGCUUUUUGUGCGUACUUUUCCCAUGUCCACUGGAACUGGAAGGAGGAGUGUUUGUGGCUGAACCGAAGAGAGGUGGCAACCCUGCUAUCGUCAAGCUCUGAACUUGACCAAAAUUCUAAGUCGCACCGCCCGAGCAAGACUCCUCCCGCUGAUCAGCGUGCAAGUUGUACACGAAAACGAGCAUCACAGACGCCUGCACUGCUUGCACACAAUGGGUUCGAUUAACUGUAAGGAGUACAAGACAACGGGCAAUGUCACGCCCCAAAAGGAGCAAUCGACAGGUGGCGCCGUGGGUUCCUAUCAGUCGAAGUGCAACAGCAGCAGCGGCAGCGGCAGCGGCAACAAAGACGCAAUGCCAGUGGAGCCGGAGGUGGUGGAGUACACGGACCCCGUGGCCGUGUGCAAUGUCUCCGAUCUGAAGGAGAACGAAAUGAAGCAGGUGGACUUCGAUGAGGACACGCGCGUGCUGCUGGUCAAGCAGAACGGACGCCUGCAGGCGGUCGGGGCCAAGUGCACGCACUACGGGGCGCCCCUGCAAACGGGCGUCCUCAGCCAGGGCCGUGUGCGCUGCCCCUGGCACGGGGCGUGCUUCAACCUGGAGACGGGCGACAUCGAGGACUUUCCCGGCCUCGACUCGCUGCCCUGCUACAACGUGCAGGUGAGCAGCGAGGGGCAGGUGCUGCUGCGCGCCAAGCGCGCGGACCUGGCCAAGAGCAAGCGCGUGAAGAACAUGGCCGCCCGCAAGCCGGAGGACCAGCGCUGCUUCAUUGUGGUGGGCGGCGGGCCGUCGGGCGCCGUUUGCGCCGAGACGCUGCGCCAGGAGGGCUACACCGGGCGCCUGAUACUCGUCAGUCGCGAGAGCUACUUGCCCUACGACCGCAUCAAGAUCUCCAAGUCCAUGAACCUCGACAUCGAGCAGCUGCGCUUCCGCGACGAGGCGUUCUACAAGCAGCACGACAUCGAGGUGUGGCUGGGCGUGGGCGCCACCCAGCUGGACACCGCCCAGAAGGAGCUGCACUGCAGCAACGGGUACGUGGUGAAGUACGACAAGGUCUACAUCGCCACCGGCUGCUCCUCCUUCCGGCCGCCCAUCCCGGGCGUCAAUCUGCACAACGUGAAGACCAUCCGCGAGCUGGACGACACGAAGAGCAUCGUGGCCGCCGUCAGCGAAGCGUCGCGCGUGGUGUGUCUGGGCGCCAGCUUCAUUGCCCUGGAGGCGGCCGCUGCGCUCGUCUCGAAGGUGGCCAGCGUGACGGUGGUGGGCCGGGACAAGGUGCCGCUGAAGGCCGCCUUCGGGGAGCAGAUCGGACGGCGUGUGGCCAAGCUCUUCGAGGACAACAAGGUGCAAAUGCGCAUGGAGAGCGGCAUCAGCGAGGUCAUUGGCGACGACAGCGGCAACGUGGUGGAGGUGCAGCUGGCGGAUGGGACGCGCCUGCCCUGCGAUCUGCUCAUACUCGGCACCGGCUCCACGCUCAACACGCAGUUCCUGGCCAAGUCCGGCGUGCGGAUCAACCGGAAUGGCUCCGUGGAUGUCACCGACUUCCUCGAGUCGAAUGUGCCCGAUGUCUACGUGGGCGGGGACAUUGCCAACGCCCACAUCCACGGGCUGGCCCACGAACGCGUCAACAUUGGACACUACCAGCUGGCGCAGUACCACGGCCGCAUCGCCGCCAUCAACAUGUGCGGCUCCGUGAAGAAGCUCGAGGCUGUGCCCUUCUUCUUCACCAUGAUAUUCGGCAAGGGCAUCCGCUACGCUGGCCACGGCUCCUACAAGGACGUCAUCAUCGACGGCAGCCUCGAGGACUUCAAGUUUGUCGCGUACUUCGUCAACGAGGCGGACACGGUGACGGCUGUGGCGUCCGUUGGCCGUGACCCCAUUGUCGCUCAGUUCGCCGAGCUGAUCUCGCAGGGCAAGUGCCUGGGCCGAGGCCACAUCGAGAAUGUGGAGGAUCGUCAGGCCUGGACGGCCAAGCUUCUGGAGCCGCUGCCUCUGGUGCGCUAGGAGCAGUCGCUGGCGCAACUGCAAGCUGCAAGAGAUUUGUCCAUGCAAACGUUGAGUUAGUUCCGGAGUUACGCUUCAAAUUUGUCGACUUUUUUGUACACAGCGCCGUGCUGGGCCUGCGGCUGGGCUCCUCCCCAGGGAUCAAUCACACUUGCCUUUAGCCUCAAUCAAAGCGAACAUGUAACAAUCAGUGUUAGGGUCAGUGUCAGUGUAGAUUCACACACAUAUUACACAUAUUAAUUAUCCCCCACCCAGUUGCUACACCACCACCCCAACCCACCCAAUCCAGUGUUACCCCCAAUCUACCUGAUUCUAUGUUCGAAUUUGAAGUUCCAAAAUUAAAGUAUUGAAUACAAUAAAGACACAACGAAAAA